AUGAGUGACGAAGCUACAAUCAAGCGCUCGCUCAAGAUAAAAACGGGUUCUGUGAAGCGGCUGGCAAAGGAGAACAACGUAUAUCUCAAAGAGAUCGAUGAGUUGCGCGUCAAGGCGGAAAAACUUUCGAGUUUAGGCGGGGAUGAGUGGGAAGUCAAGAAUGCUAAUAACUUGGUAAAUGAGACGGUUCGAACAGUGGAGUUGACAAAGGAGAAGCUGAGGAACGAGGUUGGUGGCUUGCGAGAUCUUGUGACAUCCGUCGAGGGAGACGAAAGGAUUGCAGGCGACGAGUCGCUCGUGGCUGCAAAAGAGACGCUGAAGGAAGUGGAGCCAUUGGUCGGAGCGGAGACGGCGGUUGAUAAGAAGUUCGAGUUAACUUAA